AUGACAGCUAGUCAUCCUCCUUAUGCAAACUCAUCUGCAAGAGGCACCAGGCUGGAAACCCAAAUCUUUGCUUCAAACACCUACAGUACAAAUGAAUCAAGUGUAUUAGAUUACAUGGAUAAACCCUUGGAAUUUCCAAUCUGUUGGCUAUCAGUGGAGAAACCAUCUUUGAGGAUAUUAGAUUAUUCAAAUGCUGAAAAGCCAGAGGAUUUCAUACACCUUGGCAUGACAACUCCAAAUUUGAGUCACAAUGCUCAGAUAUCUGAUAUAGGACAUGCAGUGGAUAUUUGGGAACAUGAUAAUAAAAUAAAAAUGACCAGGAAACUGGAUGGAAAUGGUGAUAAAUUUGAGAGUACUUCACCAGAUGGAUUUCAUUCAUCACUUUCAAGAUAUGUUUUACACAAUCUACUUAAAAAUGAAUGA